AGUAACUGACUGUGUAACGUGUUAGUAACACAUGAACAAUUCAAGUCCCGCUUUUUUUCACGAAAGAAGGGAAAUAAACCAUUUACCAUAGAUAUCGAUUCUUUCAGGGAUUAGCGUCUGAAAGCAGCGAUGGCUCCUUCUCUGGCCCAGGCCUAUCGUAGGCGGUGGUGGAUGGCGGUGACUGCGGUCAUAGAGAACCUGCUGUUCUCUGCUGUGCUGCUGGGCUGGGGAUCGCUACUCAUCAUGCUCAAGAACGAGGGCUUCUACUCACACCUCUGCAUAAACAAUGAGACAGUGUUCAGUAACAUCAGUUCGUGGGACAGUGGUAUCUGGCAUAGCUGUGUGGACCAGGAAGAGAUGUUGAAUCUGGGCUUUACCAUUGGCUCCUUCCUGCUGAGUGCAGCCACUCUGCCGCUAGGUAUCCUGAUGGACAAGUACGGGCCCCGCCCACUCCGCCUCCUCGGCAGUGCGUGUUUUGCUUUCUCUUGUGCCAUGAUAGCCGGAGCUGCCUAUAACCCUGAAGUACUCUCGGCCCUCAUUUUCAUCGCAGUCUCCUUCAACGGCUUCGGAGGAAUCUGCCUCACCUUCACCUCCCUCACGUUGCCCAACAUGUUUGGGAACGUGCGCUCCACUAUCCUGUCUCUAAUGAUCGGCUCCUACGCCUCUUCAGCCGUCACCUUCCCCGGAGUCAAGUUGAUCUAUGAUCUAGGUGUGUCCUUCAGGGUGAUUAUGUGGGUGUGGUCGGGGCUAGCCGGUCUCGUCUUCCUCAACUGCUUCCUUAAUUGGCCGGGGGAGUCUUUCCCCGCACCUGAGGACAUCAGCUACACUAAGGAGGUGAAGCUGAGUGGCAUGGUGAUGGAUGACAAGGUGAAGGGGGACAGAUUCUACAGUCAUGUGACCACGAUGGAAGAGAAGAUGGCUGCGAAGCAGCAGGAACCAGAUCCCUCGUCAGAGCAGCUCCCAACAGGAGAACAGACACAGGGUGGCCCUCCGUUCCGUAGUUCAGUCUGCUCGCCCAUCUUCCUGUGGAGUCUCAUCACCAUGGCGAUGACCCAGCUACGCAUCAUCUUCUUUAUGGGCGCCAUGAACAAGAUGCUGGAGUUCCUGGUUACCCACGGCGACCCACACCCCUCUAAGGAUCUAUUGAUGGAGGCAGAGCAACAAGUGGGUUUCUACUCGUCAGUGUUUGGCUCUCUGCAGCUGCUCUGCCUGCUCACCUGUCCUCUGAUUGGCUACAUCAUGGACUGGAGGAUGAAGGAGUGCGACGUAGACCAGAGCCAACCGGAACCCCCGAAGAGAGACAAGAAGAUCCAGAAACUGACAAACGCCAUCCGCGCUUUCAUCAUCACCAACGUUCUACUGGUCACCUUCGGAGUCAUCCAGAUGAUAGACAACAUGCCUGUACAGAUCAUUUCCUUCAUCGUCCACACCAUGGUCAGAGGUUUCGUCCACUCCUGUGCUGGAGGACUCUAUGCUGCCGUAUAUCCGUCCAAUCACUUUGGGACAUUGACGGGGAUGCAGUCGAUGAUCAGCGCGCUAUUCGCUCUCCUCCAGCAGCCUCUCUUCGUCAUCAUGGUGGGACACCUGGGAGGAGACCCCUACUGGAUCAACCUGAGCCUGCUCAUUGCCUCAUUGGCUGGAUUCCUGUUGCCCGGAUACCUUAUCUAUCACCGUAGGAACCUGAUGCGAGAGAAGGUGGAGGAGUUUGAGAAGGAGACCGCUACCCAAUCAGAAAGAGAGAGACAAACCUUGCAACAAUCAGAAAAUGGCCAUACCAAAAACCAUACUAAUGGACAUCUCAGCAAUUAAGCUUAAUAAUCUUGACCAAACUAACUGUCAAAUAUCAUAGUCGUUAAUUGUAAAAUAUCAUUAUAGACCAUCGUCAUGACGAUGACAAAUGAUGGUUGUCGUUUUCGACAAGGACAGUGAUGACGAUAUUGUGCACUGGAGUUUGGACAUGUUGCCCUUAAGCCCUUUUUAAUUUGACAUCAAAAUACACACUCAAUAUACUCAUUUUUGUUUUAGGUAUGACAUGCCAAAGAAAUCCUAAAAUAUACAUUUAACUAAUAUUUAUUUUAGUUAAAAACAUGUCAUGCCUAAACGUGAAAUAGAAAUCUCAAUGGAAAUUGAGGUUUGGCAAUUCAAUAAUUAAGCAAUAAUAUUUACGCUGACCAAAAAUAUACAUUUACGCUGACCAUGAAGUUUAUUGGUACCAUUUCAGGUCACCCUUCCACCAACCAGAAGCACAGCUCUCUGUAUUCUGUAGUAGACAGGAAGUGGAUCUCUUUCACUAUCAGAUUGGCUGGUGUAACAUUGAACUACCUCCCCCACCCAACUCUCACCACAGUCACUUCAUUCAUUUAGGCCUAGCAGCCAGUCUGGCAGUAAUAUUUUAUUGGUCAUUGUUUGUUUGUCUUUCUGUCUUUCCCGGUUCCCUCCCUGUAUCUAUACUUGUCUUUAUUGUGUCUUUACAUCCAGCGGAGAAUAGGAGGAGACAAAGUGGGAAUGGUUAAGGGGAACCGUAGUUUCCCCAUACAUGUGUCUAGACCACCAGCCCAUGGGGCCUGCACAUUCCUAUUACUUUGACUAUCCAUCUGCACCUGCAAUCUUUCCCCGUGUCCCCUUAUUUAUGUCCAUGCCAGACCUGUCAUUGUAAGUCCACUAAGUACUAUGCCCACUUGGUCAAGUCUGCGGCUAUGUCUGAAAUGGCACCCUAUUCCCUAUAUAGUGCACUACUUUUGACCAGAGCCCAUAGGGUACAAUUUCAGACACACCCUGGGUCACUACCUCUAUGUCCCUGUGUUCAUCCCAGAGUUAGUAUUUAAAUGACUCCGUACAUCACAAUGUGUCCACCUGAAAUGUACGAUGGUCCCAAAUGGCACCCUAUUCCCUAUUAUGUGCACUACUUUUGACCAGGGCUCAUAGGGUCUGUUUGUUUGGUCAGACUUUGAUGGUCCCUCUGUUUUUGCGUUAUUUGAUCUUUAGGGCUUGCGCCCCAAAUGGCACCCUAUUCCCUAUAUAGUGCACUACUUUUGACCAGAACCCUAUGGGCCCUGGUCAAAGGCAGUAUACUACAUAGGAAAUCGGGUGCCUAUUGGGACAGAACCUAGGUUUUGAGAUGACAUCAUCACCCGUUGUUAUUUCAGCCAAUCAUAGCUAAGUUCAGGACAGUGGUACGGUGUGUGAGGUGUUGUGCAGGCACAGCCUAGUUUGUAACAACAUUUAUGGAAUUUUGUUUUUAGAUAAUCAUGUUAUUGAACGUGUUGCAUAUCAUAAAAUUGGAACGUGAAAUGUCUGUGUAGUUGAAGAGAAAUCCCAAUUGGUACCUAUCACAGAAACCUUUAAGGUGAGCUGUUACACAUGAGCUUUUACAGAGAGCUGUAGAUUAGUUUACAAGAAAAGUACUUAUAUAAAUGUGGGCAAGAAAGAGCACUUGUCAAAAGCUGAUUCAAUCUGGUCAACCAGCCCACCAACCAACCAUCUUGUAAUGUUAAACAGUGUUUACAGUUAACAGUACUGUAUGAGAUAAAAUAGAUGUACAGAUGUGUUGCUCAAAUCAACUCCAAAAGCUGGUUGAAUCUGAUCAACCAACCAUCUUCAGUAUUUAAAAACAAUACAUUAUUUACAGUUAACAGUACUGUAUGAGGUCAAAUAAAACAGUAUUUACAGUUAACAGUACUGUAUGAGGUCAAAUAAAACAGUAUUUACAGUUAACAGUAUUGUAUUUGGUCAAAUAAAACAGUUUUGUUAGUUAACAGUUACUGUAUGAGGUCAAAUAUAACAAACAGUAUUACUAGUUAACAGUAAUGUAUGAGGUAAGAUGGAUGCACCUGAACCCCAAUAUCACUGUCCCCAUGACAACGACAGUAGAAUCACCUCAUUGGAGCAGGGCUUCAUUUAGCAGGUGCAUUGUAGCUACUGGGCUAUUUAUUUCGUGUCCAUCCCACUAAAUCCCUAUGUCGGGUAUGGGGUGCCAUUUGUGAUGGAGACCGUGUGUGUGACGGAAUCUGAAAGAUAAUACUGUAAUGUAUGUAUGUAAUGAUAUGUCAUAAAUUGAAUGUGUGUGCUUUAUUGUAAGUGCCUGGGAAGCAAGUAUUUCUGUAGUAGCCUGGUCUCAGAUCUGUUUGUGCUUUUCCCAACUCUAUUGCAAGACAAACAUGGCAUGACAAUAAGUGAAAAGGAGUUGACAUGAUUGCACAAACAGACUGGCACUCUGGCUACUUUUGUGCAAUGUCGUGGUGGUAUGUGUAGUACCUAUAGUGUCUGAAUUGCACUAUGAGAAUGUAAAGCCAUAGUUUUGCUACA